GUCAAUCCACUGACGAACAGUCUCUGAGUCUUGUCUCCAACUCUUGUCUCUUGAGCCUUUCAACAUGAAAGUCCACUUCAAGCUGUUGCUCAGCUUCAUUGUGCUGAACCUCUUGUCCACUCUCGUUGCUGCCGGUCGAGAGAAUUGGCUGCCCCGAGCCCGCAACAAAAAGCAUUCCAUCUUCCCACGACAGUCGACUACGCCGACCGGAGUAACCUUGACUUCAGCUGCCCCGUUUAUCGUAGGCCAGAACAAUUACGGGACUAGCGUGUCGCUCCAGGUGUCCGGUUCCAACCUCAUCGUCAACUAUCCGCUGACAAAGGAUUUCAAAUACAACGAAGUCCAUGUCUGGAUUGGGACUGGAACGCCUCCAAAUAACCCUGGCAGUUAUCCCUACAUUUACAUGCUCGACAACAACAACUACAACAACUACAACCCGAGUUGCAACUACUACGACAACAAAUCCCCCUGUUACAACAACCACUACAACCCGACUUGCAACUACAACCACACAGCCUCCGUAUACUACCACCACAACCACACAGCCUCCGUAUACUACCACCACAACCACACAGCCUCCAUACACUACCACCACGACUACAGAGCCUCCAUACACAACUACGACGGAGCCUCCGUACACCACUACUACCACAGAGCCUCCAUACACAACAACCACUGAGCCUCCGUAUACAACCACCACGGAGCCGCCAUACACCACUACCACGGAGCCUCCGUACACUACUACCAC